CAACCGCAAAGAGCUUUCAAAACAAGGUCUAAAUUCUUUUUCGAAUCAUUAAUCAAUCCACUUUCAAAUGAUUUCGAUUGCUCAGUGGCUGACUUCUUUUACGGCCGGAGCUUUGGCCACUGCACAGGCGAUUCGUUUUCUAAAGACUGUCAACGAGGAGGAGUCGCCCGCCAAAAUUUCAAACCAGCUGGAAACGGCGGCCAUCGAUGGACUGGCCACCGAGCAACCGAAGAUCCUGGGCUCCGAGCAGAUCAGCAAUGUCCUGCAGCACAUUUUGAGCGGCGAGCGCAACUCGAGCGGCGUCUACUUGGACGCCAUGCACAACCGUAGUGCCAACAAGCAGCAGUACGCCCUGGGCUCCGAGUCGCUCAACCAAAUGCUGGAGGACAUCAUGACCCCCGCUGGGAGUGUGAGCAGCAGGUCCUUGUCCGUGGAGCCGGCCGUCGAAGCUUAGCUUUUUGCAGCUGCCCCAAGCUGCAAGAAAUGCAAGUUCCUUUUCUAACCCAAAACUAAUACAAAGUAAACUUUGUUCUUUCUCCACUAAGAAGCAAAUGAGCUUGUAAGAUAUAGGCUAACAUA